AUGAAGACCCUGCAUCGCAUUCACUCAUUUGCAGCAGCAACACGGGUGAUUACAGUAGGCGUGGGCAUUCUCUCGUACCUGGCGACAGGUAGCUACGACUCAUCGGCAGAGAUCCAACUUGCACCGUCAUCAUGGGCCGAACACUGCUUGGUUUCAUUGCUACGAUGGGACGCUUUGUACUUUAACCAUAUUGGACAACACGGCUACGUCUACGAACAAGAACACGCGUUCUUUCCAGGGAUACCAUUAUUAGCAAGGAUGCUAGCAAAAACAGUCCUUUUACCUUUACCGAUGCAAGAACAAGGACGUAUUCUCUUAGGUGGUGUGUUGAUUGCCAAUGUGUGCUUUGUGUUAGCUGCUGGGAUGCUGUAUAGAUUGACAUCAGCUAUUCAACCUCGUUUGGCGUUUGUAUCAGCCAUUGCAUUUUGUCUUUCACCACCGGCCAUGUUCAUGUCAUCGAUGUACAUGGAAUCGCCCUUUGCAUUACUCUCGUUCACUGGCAUGUGGUUGUAUACCCAAAACAAGUAUUUAUUGGCGGCCCUGAUAUGGUGUUUCGCAUCUGCCAUUCGAUCCAAUGCCAUCGUGUAUGCCGGGUUUUUCAUCUACGACUUGGUGUUACAAAAGCGGUCGUUGAUUGGAAUGAUGCGGGCAAUUCUCUAUUCAAUGAUUACGAUGGGUGGAUUUGCCAUGGUCCAAUACUUUGGAUACCAUCAAUUCUGUGCUACUGGUGAUCGACCGUGGUGCAACAAGACGCUGCCUCUUCUUUACAGCUUUGUUCAAAAAUAUUACUGGAACAAUGGGUUCUUGGCCUAUUAUGAAAUCAAGCAAAUCCCCAACUUUUUAUUAGCCAUGCCCAUCAUCUCAUUGACAAUCAAAGGUUUAUGGCAUUAUGCGCAAUCAGUGAAUGGAUUCUACACGCUUGGACUGGGUCAAAAUACGCCAGCGGAUACCAAGAAGCUUUUACCGUUCCUUUACUUGUGGGGCUUUUUGUUGGCGUAUGCAACGACAUGCAUGCACGUCCAAGUGAUCAUCCGGUUCUUUACAUCCCUACCACCUUUAUAUUGGAUUACGGCCCAAAUUUGGAUGGAUGGUUUCAAAAAGUCAGCUUCCAACCAGCAACAAUGGCUUGCUCAAGGUGUACUCUCGUAUUAUGUCCUUUAUGGACUUGUUGGGAUAGUUUUAUUUGCUGCAUUUCUUCCUCCAGCAUAA